AUGGACUCGCAGCAGCUCGUCGACACAGUCUCUCAGAACAGUCAGGACAUGGUCCUGCCGAAACCAGCGAGCAGUACACCCAGGCACAGCAUCGACGCGAUCCUUGGACUGCGAACUCAGCAGGAAAUGGAGGAUAACGCUCGCGACACUCAGGAAAAUGCAGGUGAGAACAGCUGCAACUCCACUGGCGGCGGCAGCGACGAGGAACUCGGAGCGGGCUGCGGGGACGAUUUGAACGGGAACGGAGGCAAGAAGAAGCAUCGUCGAAACAGGACGACCUUCACCACUUACCAGCUGCACGAGCUCGAGAGAGCCUUCGAGAAGUCUCAUUAUCCGGACGUGUACUCCAGGGAGGAGCUAGCUAUGAAAGUCAAUCUUCCGGAAGUGCGAGUCCAGGUAUGGUUCCAGAACAGGCGGGCAAAAUGGCGCAGGCAGGAGAAGAUGGAAGCCGCGAGACUCGGCCUCAGCGAGUACCAUCAUCCUGCAAAUAUGAGAAACGUGGCUGGCCCGGCAUUGGGUUUACCGGGGGAUCCUUGGCUCACUCCUCCGGGGCUAUUGAGCGCUCUUCCUGGCUUUCUGGCUGCACCUCACUCGGGAUAUCCCAGUUAUCUAACGUCUCCUAGACGAUUGCCGUCGCCACCGAACGUCGGUGCCGUUGGAAACGCUGUACCAGGUGCCCUAAGCGGAGGAAUGGCGAGCAUAGGAAGCGGAGGUCACGUGCCAGCAGCGCCACCGAGUCCGCCAGGCCACGAUCCGCGCACGACCAGCAUCCAGGCCCUGAGAAUGCGGGCCAAGGAGCACGUCGAGAGCAUCACCAAAGGAUUGCAAAUGGUCUGA